AUGCACGACGCAGGAUCAGCCUCACAUGACGCGCCAUCUGCCCCACCAGCCGAUACGUUCGCAUCUGAUCACCAUCACCACCACCUCUCUCACCAUGAUCCACCCGUCCAUGUCCCGCCUCACGAAGAUCCGCCCUACGAUGAGCCUCCACCUUCGUACGACGACGCCGUUGGCACAACGGGUGCGCCGCCGGGCUAUGGCACAUUCCGCCCGUAUACCGAUGAAUCCUCGAUAGCAAGCAGCGAAGUCGAAUCCACUCAUCGCGCUCUACCAGAAUGGUUCGGACAGGCACUGGUCGUAUUCGUCUUCCUAUGCCUCAUAUACGGAUUUUGGGAAUUCAUCAACGCGCCUGAUGUACCUCCUGACCCGUGGCCCGGCCAUGGGCGGUUCAGACCGUCCGGUACUUGA